AUGCUACCAGACAGCCCAUCUUCCGAGCCAAGGUCUCCUGUCAGCGACAAGAGUUCCAACACCAGCGGUUCAGUCUCGGACGAGUCUCUGCCCAAAUCGCCAUCUUCCCCCAUCCGCCAACGCUUGAGGCAACUGAGACGGUCGAACGCCAACAAGCAAGCUGCGACCAUGUCGCCAAAGUCUCAGUUGGGUAAUCGAUUCCCUGGCGAGUUCGAAGCUACCGAUAUAUACCUCCAGUCCAACGGUAAUCAUCCACCACCGAAGCCCAUUGUGGCGGAUCAAAGGAGCGACCAGGAAGAAAUGGCCUCGCUGAUUCGCAAGAGGGCUGACAUCAACCAUCCGCACAAAGGAACCGGAAGAACGCCUCUUUCCGUCGCCUGUCACUGCGGUCACAACGAUAUUGUCGAGUUGUUGAUUGCAGAGGGUGCCAACGUACAGUCCAAGGACAAGUGGAAGCUUUCCCCGUUCCAUCUGGCAGCUUCCAAUGAUCAUUGCCAAGUCAUAGCGACCCUCCUAGACCGAGAGGCAGGCAUCAAUGCCCGUGGUCCCCAUGGAAAAACACCUUCGAGGAUCGCGUGUGACCAUGGGCAGCUGGAUGCCAUCCGCAUCCUGGUAAAGCAGCGCGCCAUGAUCGACACCCGUGACGAGGAACAGAAAACACCACUUCAUGUAGCCAGUGAGGCGGGCGAUGAUGAGAUUGUCAAACUUCUCCUUCAACUUGGAGCCAACAGGAAUGCAAAGGACUCACAUAUGAGAACCCCACUCCAUGCUGCUUGCAUCUCUGGCCAUGUCGCUGUGGUUGAGACCCUCACUAAUGCCAAAGUAGAUCUCGAGGCCCAGGAAGAAGAGAGCCUAACCCCACUUGCAGCGGCUGCGAGAGCCGGGCUCACAGCCGUUGUGGAUUUGCUUCUUCGGCACAAGGCAUCUCCCAGGACUCGCAGUGCUGGCAACUUUACGGCGUUGCACUGGGCUAGCUACAACAGUCACGAAGAGGCCGUCGGCCUUCUGAUUGCGAACAAGAGGACCGAGUUAGAUGCUCGUAGCAUCAACGGCCGCUCCCCACUUCAUGUGGCCGCCAUGUGUAGGAGCUUUGGGGUCAUUGAGAAGCUGGUUAGGGCAGGGGUAUCGCUCGAAGCCGAGUGCCUUGAGCGCAACCGACCACUGCACUAUGCAUGUCAGUAUGCAACUCACAGUGAAAUAUCGCUCCUCUUGAACGCGGGAGCAAGUUGCAAUUUGCAGAACAUGGCAGGCGAAACACCACUGCAAGUUGCUGUCCGCGCGGGAAACCUCAGGGCAGUGAAGACUCUGCUGGCUCGUGGUGCAAGACUCGACUCUUUGGACAAGAAGGCGACCAGACCUCUCAUUAUCGCAUGCCAAAAGGGACAUGCAGAGAUUGCGAGUUAUCUACUCACCCGUGGCGCCAGGGUCAAGGGAACAACGGAUACACCGAUGUGUUUGGCAGCGAGUGGUGGUCAUGUCCAAGUGAUACAGGCGCUGCUCCAACACGGAGGGACUGUACAUGAGCUUGAUGCACAAGGCUGGGAUCCCCUGAGGCGAGCGGCUUUCGAAGGCCAUUCCCAGGCUGUUGCAAGCUUGCUUGGGCACGGAGCGCGAGCUACGAAUCUCGGCGCUCUGUCCAGCUUCUCCUUUGCUUCAACUACCACAACUGAGCAGCGUCAGCGCAUCUUGGAUCUUCUCACCACAGCCGUUGACGCAGAAAAUGCCAAGCAUCAGCGUGUGGCAUAUCUGACUGAACUGGCAUGCUCGCUCAAUGACGGCCAGGACAACCUGACAGAACUGCCUGACACGCGGAUAAUCAUGCGCCAGGAGGACGCAGGUGCAAAGGAAGGGUUGGAUGCAACAGAUAUACCUCCAUCGUCGCCAGUGAGGCCACCACCCUCCCCCUCGAGACCACCACUCGCAUUCCCGCAGAUCCCUCAAGCCACAGGCGAGGAAUCCGACCACGAGGCUACACGACCGGCGCCAUACACCCAGCCAGCGCCAUGGCCUCUUCUUGAUCUACCAACCCAACAGCCAAAAACACCGAUUUUGCAACGAAUCCUCCCGCACAAAUCGCCUUCCAUUUCCAGGGAGGUGAGAACACCACCAUAUCUGAGUUGGUACGCCCCUGCCACCAUCCCACCCCCGAAACAGCAAAAGUAUGCGUCCCAAGCUGCUGCCGCAAGGUUAGAAGCACUGUACCAGGCCAGGACAGGAACAGAGGAGAAUCGAGCAGAGUUGGAAUAA